AUGCUUUUUACAUCUCCGGCGGAAAAUGAACCGUUUACUCCGACUUUUGUUCCAGAGACUCAACUGUCUGACCAUGAAUCUCUAAUUGAACUCGUAAAUUUGGAGAAGGCGGAUUCUGACACUGCGGGUAAAAGAAAGCGGUCAACAUGGAGUAAAGUUGAAGAUGAGGUUUUAGCGAGAUCGUUUGUUACUAUCAGUGAUGAUCCAAUCAUCGACAAUGAUCAGAAGGUGGAAGCUUUCUGGGGACGUAUUGCAAGCUACUACAAUGAGAAUCGUCCUCCAGGUACACUCAAUAGAAUUGCUAGUGUCAUACGAUCGCACUGGCACAAUACCAUACAAAAAAAGGUAUAUCGCUUCAACGCAAAUUACAAUAUUGUUUAUAGUGCAUAUCGUAAUGGCCAUAGUGAUGAGGACAUAUUGCGACUUGCAUAUGAAAAGUAUCGCGAUGAAAAUAACGACAUUGCUUCUAAUCUCGAGCAUGUAUGGAGAAUCAUAAAAGACCGUCCAAUGUUUACUCCACAGUCCGUUGAUCAUCUUAUUGGCACAAAGAAGGCAAGGACCUCAGAGUCGGGGGCAAGCAACACCUCAUCUAACCAAGAUGUGAGUCUAUAUGUAGACCUAAAUGAAAAAGAAACUCAUCCAAUGGGUCAGAAGGCAGCAAAAAGAAAGGGAAAAGGCAAAAUGAAAUCAGACAUUGAAUGUAUGACAACAAAUUUGGACAAUAUGUUUCCAAAGUUUAUUGAGUAUACAAGCAUAAAAAUGGUUGAAGUUGAAAUGAAAAAAUAA